GUCAACCAACCAAAAUCACACAAACUUCGCACUAAAAAGCUCAACUUUGAACCACUCACAAAUCUCAUCAUCAACUUGAAUUAUGUCUGGACGAGGAAAAUCCGGUGGAAAGGGUCUUGGAAAAGGUGGUGCCAAGCGUCACCGUAAGAUUCUUCGUGAUAACAUUCAAGGUAUCACUAAACCUGCUAUCAGACGUUUAGCCAGACGUGGAGGAGUUAAACGUAUCUCCGGUUUGAUUUAUGAGGAGACUAGAGGUGUUCUCAAAAUCUUCCUCGAGAAUGUCAUUCGUGACUCAGUUACCUACACCGAACAUGCCAAGCGCAAGACUGUGACUUCAUUGGAUGUAGUUUACGCUCUCAAGCGACAAGGUCGAACUCUCUAUGGUUUUGGUGCUUAAUCUCCACUUCCGUAUCUGUUCUUUGUUAGCACGAUAUGUCCACCUAUCAUCCAUGGGACAUCCGUUGUACCUGUGUUAUCUUGCUCAAUGUAUUCCUAUGAUGUAUAUCCCAUCCUACUCUUUGGAAUUUUGAUGCCAGAUUUGUUCCUCGCAUUUGCCAUUUUUUCCUAUGAAGCGAGACCACUU